AUGACCAAGGUCCAGUGCUACUGCGAAGCGGUGGAAGGGAGACGGAAGAGCCUUGCUGCGGUAGAUGGCUUUUACCGUCUUCAGUCCGCAAGGAUGAAGCUGAGUUUCGGUGCAGUGACAUUGUGCCAUGGAAAAGGAAUGAACAUCAGAUUUGAAAGAGAAUUAGAAUUGGACAAUAUGUGGUCAUUGAAUGGGGCUGCCCCUUUGUGCCUUGCGGAUCUGAACCUCGAACACGACUCACGAUUCGUGUUCUUCCAUAUCCCGGAAAAGUAA